CAGCACGGGCAGCGGUAACAAUUUCUCGUCACCGUCACCGUCCCCGACCACACGCAUCGCGAGGCUCGCCCUCCCGUCCGCCCCCUCUCACUCUUAGACUCAACACUAGACACAGGGCGUAAUAGCGAGCAUGCGCGCAUCCGUUCCUUUCCGUCUGGCGCAGUUGCGCCCGCACGCGCAUGCGCAGCGGCGAUUCGCGUCGAGCACACCCGGGGGAGGCGUCAACGUGAACACGGCGGAGGCUCAGAAGAAGGCCCAGGAGGCACUGGCGGUGGCAGGAAAGAAGUUGGGACAGGCGGUUGAGCUGGGCAAACAGUACAUGGGCCCGGUCGGCGAGAAGGCUGGGACUAUGCUCGGAUCCUACCGGGAGCCUCUCACGUACAACUUCGCCGUUGCGCGUGAAUUCCUGAAGCAGGUCUACGUUGCGGAGCGGUUGCAGCCACCAACAUCACUCGCUACGCUACAGAGCGCGUACUCUACCCUCUGGUCGCGUGCCAGCAACCCCGCGUACUGGCGAGAGCUCGUACAGUCGGGUGGGUGGACGAAGGUUGGCGUGUAUGCGCUCGAGGCGUACGGUAUUUUCAAAAUUGGAGAGAUCAUUGGGCGACGGAGUCUGGUCGGGUACAAGGUGGAAUAGAGUAUCAUGCUAGCUGUACUUUGCCCGAUAUAGUCUCUUUGCUUCGUGAUAUGGACCACAUGCUUUGUUUGUGCGCGG